UUUCAGAAUUGUGGCAACAAAAACAUCGAGCAAUGAAUGAAAACCAAAAAAGGUUUCUUGACGAUAUGGAAAUUGCUCAACAAUUGUACAUUAUAGAGAUGGUGAACGAAGAGGAUAAAAAAAUAACGUUUCACAUCGCUGGACCCGCUGACACUCCUUAUGAGACAGGUGUAUUUGAGGUGGACCUCACAUUCCCAGACAACUAUCCUAAUGCGCUCCCACAAAUCAAGUUCCAAACUCUCAUUUGGAACUGUGCGGUAGAGCCAAGCACUGGGCAAGUUCACAUCGAAAAUUACUCACGACUCAAUGUUUCGGAGGCACUGUCUUAUAUUGAAGAUUUAUUUCGAUCAAUCGAGGUAGACGAGGAGGUCAUGUUCUAUAAAACUGCAAGAUUUUGGACAACAGAAUUUGCUGGAGGACGCCCGCUCCCAGACGAUGACUGGCAGAAGAAAAAAGUCGAUUCUCUGAUUGAAAUGGGAUUUUCUAGACUGGAAUCAAUUCUUGCUCUGGGUGGUAGUGACUGGAAUCUAGCAGAUGCAGCUGAACAACUUUUGGAAGGCGACGAGCAGGCACAAGAAUAAACGUUUUGUACCAAUUUGUCUUUUUUAUACCAUAUUCAAUAUUUUAUUGAUGUUUAUUGUAUAUUGUCAAUAAUUUUUUAAAUACUCCAUUCAAACAGUUGUAGCUCAAAGGCCAAAUGUGUGCUGGUAAUUAUGUUGAGUUUUGUCGUAGUACUUUAUUUGCUUAUGUGCUUGUUCUGAAUUCUGAGUGAUAAAUUACGUCGAUGAAUUCUAAU